CUUCGGAAAAACAAGGAAACCACAAUGGUGGUCUGCUCAGAAUAGUCAAAGAGUUUGUUGUAUGUCUUUAGAGUUACACUUGUAUUUAGCUUCAAAGAGAUACGAGGCUCGACUACAAUACGAUAAAUGAAAACAGUCGCCGAGCAGAUUUACGUGACAGCCGGACUAUUUCCGUUCAUUUUACCAUAACGGCAAAAGUAGGUGCGCACUGUGAAUAAUCAGGUGCGCGUUAAGUGUGGAAAUGUACCGCGGCGCUGCAAAGUUGCCACAGUAGAAGUACACGCAAACUUUGCAUUCCACUGAAGACUGAGGGGGGGAGAAGAUGGCGCGGCGGUGCGACAGUGCCACGUCUCCUUUCCGCGCAGAAAUGAAGAAAUACACCCGUGGAGUGGCCGCGGUGGUCCUAAUAAGCCAAUGCCUGCUUUUGGCCUCCACGGUGGAGGCCGGACUCUACACGGCGUCCGACCAACUUAUCCUGCUCUCUCCGGACAACGUCAAGACCGUUUUGGUGAACUCCAGCACGACUGUGGUGGUGGAGUUCUUCGCGUCGUGGUGUGGACACUGCAUCGCCUUCUCGCCGGUCUACAAGCGGCUGGCAAGAGACAUUAAAGAGUGGAAGCCUGCAGUGGACCUGGCAGCUAUCGACUGUGCUGAUGAAGAGAGCAGGAAGGUCUGCACAGGCUUCGGAAUCAGGGGAUAUCCAACUUUGAAGUUCUUCCAUGCCUACAGCCGGGAGGAUUCUGUUGGACUGGCAUUCAAAGGCUUUCCUCGUGAUGUCCGAGGUCUCCGACACCAAAUCAUUGAUAAACUGGAAAGUCACCAAGAGCCGUGGCCCCCAGCCUGCCCCCCACUGGAGCCUACCAGCCAAGCUGAAAUCGACAUCUUUUUGGAGACAAACAACGUCCGACAUCUCGCCUUGAUCUUUGAGGAUGUUGGCUCCUACAUCGGCAGAGAGGUGACCUUGGACUUACUGCAGUACGAGAACAUUGCAGUGCGCAGGGUCCUGAAAACUGAGGAAGACCUUGUGACCAAAAUGGAAGUAACCGCGUUUCCGUCCUGUUACCUUUAUUACCCUGGCGGAAACUUCACCAGACUCAAAGUCAACAUCGAGGCCCGUACUAUUUACUUUUACGCCCUCAAGAGGCUUCCCGGCGUUGUGCGUUCAGGAAAGCCCCCGCCGGUUACCACAGAACUCGUCAGCAAACGGACUGAGAAGCCCUGGAGAGCCUUCAACAGGUCCAGGGUGUAUAUGGCUGACCUGGAGUCAACGCUGCACUACUCGCUGCGAGUGGAGCUGGCUGCUCAUCACGUCAUCACUGGAGAGGCGCUGACUUCUCUCAGAAAGUACAUCACUGUCCUGGCAGAGUACUUCCCUGGCCGCCCAAUGCUGAUGAACCUGUUAAGGUCCCUUAAUUUGUGGCUCCACAACCAAGCUGGUGACCAGGUGUCCUAUCAGGCAUUCAUGGAAAUCCUAGAAAAUUCAGGACAGGUUCCAGACGCUGCAUUGCCUGAAGGUGUGAGGUGGGUGGGCUGCCAAGGGUCACAACCACACUUCAGAUGUUAUCCUUGUGGCGUGUGGACUUUGUUCCAUCUGCUUACGGUCCAGGCCAAGAAGUCUGCCGGCUCAGAUCCCCAGGAGGUGCUAAGAGCGAUGAGAGGCUACAUCCAUAACUUUUUUGGUUGCAGGGCAUGUGCCGAACACUUUGAGAACAUGGCCAAGGAGAGCCUGAACGAGGUGAACACGUAUUCUGCCGCCAUCCUCUGGCUUUGGUCCAGACACAAUCGUGUCAACAACAGAAUAGCAGGUGCUUUGAGUGAGGACCCCAACUUCCCAAAGGUCCAGUGGCCACCACCAGACUUGUGUGAAGCCUGCCAUUCUGUCAAGGAUGACGGAGAUCACAGGUGGAACAAUGAGCAGGUUCUCCCCUUCCUCCAGACGUACUUCUCAGCCCAACACAUCCUCACAGACUACCUGGAAGAUGAAAGUGUAGUUCUGGCCAAACAGAAGGAAAAACGUGUCAGCCAACAGCAACUUUUAGAGGCUCAGAAGCGUGCUGACAGGAAAGCCCGAGACGCCAUCGCUGCUCAGACUCUUCCUCCUCCAACACGAGCUGCCUUUCUAGACGAGGAGGAGGAGGAGGAGGAGGAAGAAGACAAUGAGGUGGUGGCGGAUGAAGAGGAGGAAGGUGUGGAUGGAGGAAUGGAGAAGGAAGGUAAGAUCCUGCAGCCGACACCCUGGGCCCGAGUACAACCAAAGCUAGGUUCAGAUCGACGUCAUAACGGCAGGAAGCCGAGCAUCGUGGGGAUGAAGAUGCGGGACCUGCAGGAUGACAUCGUGGACCUGGACUUGUUUGUCAAUCAACACUAUAAGGCCAAAGGCAAGCAGGUGGCCACCUCCAGUCGCAUCAAACAGCGCACCCUGCAGAGGAACCAGGAAGAACAAGACUUCAGACCGGUAUUUGGGCUCGGCAUGGAACUGGACGGCGGGCUCGGCAUGGUGGGCCUGCAGCCCCCGCAGCCAGACUUCAGUCCCAACAUGAGGAUGCACGUGCAAAAGCGAGAACUGACGGGACGGCGCGAGGAGGCCAGCCCGGUCCAGAGAGGCCACUGGUUGUCCACGCUAAACAUCGGCUUCUCCAGAGUGGACAUCAGCCUGUGCGUCAUCCUCUACUUCCUGUCCUCCAUGUGUCUCCUGGCCAUGUACCUUUUCUUCAAAACACGGCUCAGACUGAGGCGAGCCAAAGUAUCACUGCCCUGAUCCAAGGUGUGUUCUGGUUCGCGUUAAAGGGGAUGUGUCGGGAUUAGCCCGGCCCACUUAAUUGCUCCCUACUUGAGUUCUCGCUAGUCACCUGCUGGUCUGGUUCUGCUGCUCAGGUCAGUUGUGGUACACUGGUUGUAGAGCUUGUAACCCCACUGAAGCAAAUGGAUGUUUAUUUUAGAAAGUGGACCUGAUGAAGGACAAUUCGCUUUUCAUAACUUUUGAUAUUGCAUGAAGGACGUUUUUUUUUUAACACAUUUGCUGUGAAUCAAACUACUAGAAAUUCUCUACUGUGAUUUCCAUGAAGAACUUUUACUUUUUUUUUCUUUUUUUUUUAAGUUUUGCAACAGUUUCACAGGUUACAAUAUGAAGUCAUGAAAAAGAUAAAAGUCGGCUAUUUUUGUUACAGCUCAUGUUGUGGAGCUGAUUGGUUGUACUGUACCUAAAGUGGCUAGGUGUGUGUAAAUAUUUAAAAACUACCCGGAAAAGUGAUUCCUAACCAUUCAAAGUAAUCGUGACUUCUGUUGAUUAUUUGAAGAUUAUAUUUUUUCUAUGAUCCACUGAUGCUGUGAGACGAUGACAUCAUCCUGCUGAGUUUGUAAAGAUGGCUGCAGAUUUUCAAGAAACGCGCAUGGCAGUUUAUAUGUUCUUCAGGACUGGAUUUAGUUUUACUGUCAUCUUGUCUACAUUGCUUGUAUUAUAUAUACAGUACAGGCCAAAAGUUUGGACACACCUUCUGAUUUAAUGUGUUUUCUUUAUUUUCAUGACAGUGUAGAUUUCACCAAAAAAAGGUGAAAUAACUGAAAACAUGUUUUUUAUCCUAGUUUCUUCAAAAUAGUCACCCUUUGCUCUGAUUAUUGCUUUGCACACUCUUGGCAUUCUCUCAUUGAGCUUCAAGCACACCAGUGAAGUGAAAACCAUUUCCUCUUGAAAUUCAUCGAGAGAAUGCCAAGAGUGUGCGAAAAAAAUGUAAUCAGAGCAAAGGGUGGCUAUUUUGAAGAAACUACAAUAUAAAAUAUGUUUUCAGUUAUUUCACCUUUUUUUGUUAAGUACAUAACUCCACAUGUGUUCAUUCAUAGUUUUGAUGCCUUCAGUGACAAUCUACAAUGUAAAUAGUCAUGAAAAUAAAGAAAACGCAUUGAAUGAGAAGGUGUGUCCAAACUUUUGUCCUGUACUGUGUAUAUAUUUCAUAAAGGUGGAUUCUUUUUAGAAUUGCCAACUAAAGAGCAACUACUCUUGUGUACUUAUUUAAAUAAUUAAAAUAAACGUGUCUUACUUAAAUGCAAAAUUGUUAUCAUUAAAAAAUUAGUACACAAAAGUACACAAGGGUUUAGCUGCUCUUCAGUGGGCAAUUCUAAAAGGAAUCCACCUCUAUGAAAUAAAUAUAUAUAUAUAUAUAUAUAUAUAUAUAUAUAUAUAUAUAUAUAUAUAUAUAUAUAUAUAUAUAUAUAUAUAUAUACACAGUACAGGCCAAACGUUUGGACACACCUCCUCAUUCAAUGUGUUUUCUUUAUUUUCAUGUCUAUUUACAUUGUAGAUUGUCACCGAAGGCAUCAAAACUAUGUGGAGUUAUGUACUUAACAAAAAAAAGGGGGAAAUAACUGAAAACAUGUUUUAUAUUCUAGUUUCUUCAAAAUAGCCACCCUUUGCUCUGAUUACUGCUUUGCACACUCUUGGCAUUCUCUGGAUGAGCUUCAAGCACACCUGUGAAGUGAAAACCAUUUCAGGUGACUACUCUUGAAGCUCAUCGAGAG